UAUAGUCCACACACAACUAUACUCUCUCACUGUUCUCUUUCCUGUUCAGAUAGUGUAGAAUGAGGGUCUAUUGAAAAGCUCCUCAAAAGCCCUCAGCUUUUAUUUCUUUGUCUGCCAUUAAAAAUUGUCUUAAAUACAAUGCUCCUAUCUUGUUCUUCCCAUUCCCACUUCUCUUGCUUCAAGCUAUCUCUCUUCUAAAGCGUCUCUCUUUCUCUCUCGAUCAAUAUUCUUGCCAUUUCCCGGUGGUCUUCUUUGUUAAAUAAUUUUUCUCUUUCUUUCUUUCUUUUCCAUCUGUUUCUUUCCUUCGCCUCGUCGAAGUUUCUAUGCAGAUGGGUUGAUUUUUCUUGGCUAUAAGCUCUUCUUCAAAUAGUCCUUCGCCAGGAAUUUCUAUUAUACAAACUCAUGUAAACUCUGGUUUUAAAGGACGGAAAACGAAGGAAAACCUGUUGUGAGAAACUGUGGGAAAGUCGUAAAAAUAUCAUCUUUUCCUGUAUAAUCUGCAAAAGACAAUCUGGGUUUUACUAUUCCCUCCAUUUUAUAUCUAGGCAUUCUUUAAAACCUACCAAAACCCACAACAAAACCUAAAAAUGAUCAGUAUCACUGACCUCUACCAUGUUCUUACGGCUGUGGUGCCACUUUAUGUGGCCAUGUUCUUAGCCUAUGGCUCAGUGAAAUGGUGGAAGAUCUUUACUCCUGACCAGUGUUCAGGGAUCAACAGAUUCGUUGCUCUAUUUGCAGUGCCUUUGCUUUCUUUUCACUUUAUCUCCACUAAUAAUCCCUAUGACAUGAAUUACAGGUUCAUUGCAGCAGACACUUUCCAAAAAGUCAUAGUGCUGCUGGUUUUGGCCAUCUGGUCCAGAACUAGCUCUAGAGGCUCCCUUGAAUGGUCCAUCACUCUCUUUUCUCUCUCCACUCUCCCAAACACUCUGGUUAUGGGCAUCCCUUUGUUAAAGGGUAUGUAUGGGGACAACUCAGGGACCCUUAUGGUCCAAAUAGUUGUCCUUCAAUGCAUAAUAUGGUACACGUUGAUGCUCUUUCUAUUUGAAUAUAGAGGAGCUAGAAUCUUGAUUGGCGAACAGUUUCCUGACACUGCUGGCUCUAUAAUCUCCUUCAGAGUUGAUUCCGAUAUAAUUUCUUUGGAUGGUAGAGAGCCAUUGCAAACUGAAGCAGAGGUUGGCGAUGAUGGCAAGCUCCAUGUUACAGUGAGGAAAUCAACUAGCUCGAGAUCAGAAAUCUUCUCUCGCAGAUCCUAUGGUCCAAAUUCAGGGCUAUCAUUGACUCCUAGGCCAUCCAAUCUAACCAAUGCGGAGAUAUAUUCCCUCCAAUCUUCAAGAAAUCCAACCCCAAGAGGCUCAAGUUUUAACCACACUGAUUUUUAUUCAAUGGUGAAUGGCAAAAAUGCAAACAAUGUGAGUCCUAGACAAUCCAACUUUGGUAACUUGCCAUUUGAUGAAGAAAAUGGAGGAAUUGGAGUAUUUGGAAACGUUUCAAGAGCAAAUGGAAAUGCAUAUCCUGCGCCACCUAAUGCUGGGAUAUUCUCUCCCGGAGCCAAGAAGAAGGCAAAUGGGACCGAUAAUGGCAAGGACUUGCACAUGUUUGUUUGGAGUUCUAGUGCUUCACCGGUAUCCGAAGGUGGGAUUCAUGUCUUCAGGGGAGGAGGGGAUUAUGCCAAUGACCUUGGUGGUGCACCUCACCAGAAAGAUUAUGAUGAGUUUGGUCGGGAUGAGUUCAGCUUUGGAAACAGACAGGUAGCCAAUGGGGUGGACCGGGAUGGUCCAGUACUUUCCAAGCUUGGUUCAAGCUCCACAGCAGAGCUCCACCCAAAGACUGGUGCUAAUGGUGAAUCCAAGCCCACUGCCAUGCCACCUGCUAGUGUUAUGACAAGACUCAUUCUCAUUAUGGUUUGGAGAAAACUUAUAAGGAAUCCCAAUACUUAUUCCAGCCUCAUUGGCCUUACCUGGUCUCUUGUUUCUUUCAAAUGGCACGUAGAGAUGCCUGCAAUCAUUGCUCGUUCCAUAUCUAUCCUAUCUGAUGCUGGUCUUGGAAUGGCUAUGUUUAGUCUUGGUUUGUUCAUGGCAUUACAGCCAAGGAUCAUUGCUUGUGGAAACUCAAUCGCAGCAUUCGCAAUGGCUGUUAGAUUCCUCACUGGUCCUGCAGUUAUGGCUGUUUCUUCAAUUGCUGUUGGACUAAGGGGAACUCUGUUGCACAUUGCCAUAGUGCAGGCAGCUCUUCCACAAGGAAUUGUCCCCUUUGUCUUUGCGAAGGAAUAUAAUGUUCAUCCUAGCAUAUUGAGCACUGGGGUUAUAUUUGGGAUGUUAAUAGCUCUUCCCAUUACACUGGUUUAUUACAUCUUGCUGGGACUUUGAAGACGAAGCUGCAAGCACUGGAGCUGAUAAGAGAAGAAGGCUAGUUUUACAGUAGUAGUAUUAACCAAUUUGGCAUCGGGAUUUUUGAGAUUUGUCUAACACAACAUCAUGAAUCUGAAGACUGCAUUUUGAGAUAAGAAGAUAGGAAGAGGACUUAGAAAAAGAAGAUGAUGAUGACCAGAUUACAUUUCUCUUCAAACACUUGGUUGAUCAUGGAAAGAAAAGAGGGAACAAAGUGGAAAUGAUCAAAAAAAGAUUUGAGCAAAAAUUUGGGAGGGCUUCAGCUUUUGUUCUCUUUUUGCCUGUUUUUAUAUUUUUCUCUGAGCCUUGUGCCUUCUGCUUUUGUUCAUUUAAUGGAGAAAGUAAAGCUUGUUUCUA